GGCCACAAUGUGCGCGUGUUGAUGUCGGUAAGCUGCGUAAAAGCUGCGACCUGCUGGUCUUUGUGGGACUCUUCUGCCGACUGGUACUUGUUUUGGCUACGAAAAACGAAGACGUAGACACUGGACGUUGCCAUUGGAACUGAAACAGCUCGAUGACGCUAUCCCAAUCCCAUCAUAGCGUCUCCGUGUGGGCGUGCUCAAGGACAGUCUUGAAGCGCGUUUGUUUAUGUACAUGACCCAGCACUACCUAUGCCUAGCCCUACGUCUUUUACUUUAUGUUUAAAAAAUAUGUGCUGGCGCCUCCGUGUUGCUUUUGCAGACGUGCGAUCUGUGUUCGCGUGACAGCGCAAGUGGCAAGACGAAGAUGAACAUGUUGCUCCAGCCGGGUUCUUCUGCAAAAGCCCUGCCACUGGCACAGAUUGAGCGCGGUUUUGCACUGUCUAAUGUGUCAGUGGAAUACGUCGAGCGCGGGGUGGAAGGCACCUACAGGCUUUGCGUCGAAUAUGAUGCUUUUGCAUCGACCUCCACAAUUUUAACUAGUAGAGACGAAACUGCAGCACGUCGUCGCCGCCUGCUGUUUUCCGCAAACGAGUCAUUAGGCAAAAUUCUUUGUCUUCGGGAUGCCUACAAGGACACCAUAGACAACUACGAACCCUACACGACGGUCGCGGCAUCAGCUCGGCACGAUGCCGACAACGAUAGUAGCGAUGAAGAGCGAAACAUCACAAUAGCGUCGGAUGACGACGAACGAGAUGAAGAUGAAAAACCCGCAUCGAGCCAAACAGCGGCAAGCGGUUCAAAGAGGAGAAAAAGCAAAAUGAAAGGCAAGACAGGGCCAAAACACGAAGAGAUGAAUGUCGUAAGCGUAUUGGCGAAGUCGGGCUUGGGCAAAAGCAGUGAAGAGACUUUCGAAAAUGAAGAUGAAGAAGAAGAACAACAUGAUAAAAGUGCAAGAAAGAGUGGCGAUGCUGAGAACGACCGUGAAAUGAAAGACCAGCAAAGGAAAAAGGAUAAGCUACUAGGCCUAGUAGCCGGCAACGCCUCACUUGGGCCGACGUCUUCGCUGCCCAAGGGAGAUAAGAAUCUGACAUCUGCUACGAACAGGAGUAACGCGAUAGAUGAUGUUAAAGCACCGCUCCUCGUCUCUUCUGCGAACGCGAAGAAACCUACGCUGGGUGCUGUAAAAAGAUCACAGGAUCAAGACGACAAGCGCUCCGAGUCGAAAAAACGUGUGCAGUUCAAAGACAAGAAAGAUGUCGUAACCUUUUUUAGCGGUGCCCCGGAUCUCGAAGGAGAUGAAACUGCGACCCAGGUGAAGCUCCUCGACGACGAAGAUGACGAAGGUAACGGACAUGAUGGUCGAGACCCGGCGACGAAGAAGUUGAAGUUGUCGUCUCGGGAGCAAAGCGAAGAGAAACCGGCCACGUCUCGUGGCGUAGCGAAAAAGACUGGAGUAUCAGCUUCAGCUUUUCGUGAUGCAAAUGGACGAUUUAGUUCCCGCUCCAGCAAGAAUAACGAGCAGAAGUCUAUGCCAAUGAAGGCAGUAAAGAAAGAGAAAGAGGUUGAGCAGGAGCCAGGCUCUGAUGAAUCUCCUUCUCUGGAAGAUGACGACGAAGACCUUUUCGCUGGGUCGAAAAGUGCGACGACGACGAAAUCCGCGCUAAAGGACACUUCUAGUAUCAAGAAGUCGUCAAAGGAAAAAGCACCAGCCAAAGCCAAGGCCAAGGCACUUUCUGCUGUGCCAUUGCUGAAACUUCCCAAUAAGAACAAGGAAAGUCUGCUAGAAGAAGAUGAUGUCUCUGGACAGGAGAAAGGAGUAGGAAAUCACGACAAGAACGCCAGCCGAGGCCUAUUAGGAGAAAAGUCCCAAAGCCUGCAAAAUGUAGCUGGCGAAGGAAGUGCAAAGACAACUCCACGAGAUGAAGGCAGUACGAGAACUCCACGAGACACUGGUGAUGGAAGUAAAAGAACGAAGCCCAGACCGCGUAAGAAGAUAACACAAAACUCGGCAGGGAAGCCCGUCGAUGUUGACGCUGACAGAAUCUUUCGCGCCCUGAUGUACAUUACUCCUUUACUGCGAGUUGUCGCGAGAAUACGAAAGGCUCAAGAUGAUGACAAACCGUCCAAAAGUGUCGAGCAUGAAAAGGAAGAAGAUGAAGACGUCGAGUUGCCAAAUGUUGCCCGAGCUCGUGAGUGGUUGGUUGCGGACCUAGCUUUCGACAUGCAAAGGCGCUGCCGGUGGAUAGACACUACAACUCCCGCCAACGACGAGGGAUCCAUGUUUUUAAAGUCGCUGAUCGAAGACGAUUUAAGGAGUAGCAGUAGGAGUAACUACGGAAAAAUCGGAGCGCAGCCUGCAUCUGCUGGCGCAAAGGAAUCUUUUGCGCGGAACGCUACCCCUCGCCAUUCCAGCAAACGAAUUCUGGAGCCAGGACUCUACCCUGAUUACGCUUUCCGCGGUGACGUGCUAGAGUGUAUAAAUAUUAUGCUUUAUUUAUAAUAUUGAUAUGAAAUUGAUGUAAAUGUAAUUGAGCAUACUACUGCUUCAUGCUUGCUUGAUGUUGAUGAACACUAUUCUAUUGCUUUCGGCCUUGAUUUCGCACUACUGGGGUCGAGUCCGUUCAUGUUCUCGGCCGACGUAAGCAAGUGCAGAAGAGUACGCAAAUAUAUAAAAUAUUUGAAAAAAUAAAAAAGUUAAUACGCACGACUUCAGUUGAUCAAUUUCCAUUUCUUUCAAUAAUCAACAACAGCCUGUCCCCUUACUUGUCUGCACGUUCUCCCUGAUAGUCAUCCGGUCGGGCAGUGCACCGCUUGUUCCUUUACGACGCCAAUGCAGAAACGGUGUCAAUUCUACGAAAUUGCGAUUGGUGAACCCUCCAGGGACCACCUGCGUUUGUGCUUUAUUUGCGGUAGAGUUUUCGCCAAGGCCAGACUGCAAGAAAAGCCCAGGGACGAGACGUACACAAAUGACGUUCCAGGAGACCGCAGGUUUCUGCCGACUGUGGCAGAACGUGCAAGCGCUCUGAGGAAAAUCAUGGCCAACCGGGGUAAGUACGCAAGAAUUUCGAAGCGCGGAAUCGAAACCCCAGUUAGUAGGAAGUACUUGCACGUUUCGAUCGCAGACCACUUCGGGGAGGCGCGAAAAGUCAAGAAGAAACUCCAAAGCUUGGAGCAACUGUUCCCGCACCACCGUUCACAAAACCACACGCCAGGGGAACCUGCCGACGACCGUGUCGACCAAGAAGUGGCGACAGACACGAAGAUGAACAAAAAGGCUGGGCUUACCCCGUCCGCGCGCGCGCAGAAACUUGAAAGAAUUCAAGAACUUUUUGUGCAGGAAGUAGAAAUAAUGAAUAUGAUCCAGCAUGAAAAUAUCGUGAGGAUCCGUGAAUCUUUUCUGGACGAGGAAGCAGACCCGAGCGAGUGGUACUUCUUUGCGGAAUAUGGUGGCCGAAGUUUGUUGGGGUUGCUGCAUGAGAUCCCUGCAGACGAGUUGGUGGUCUUCGGCGCGCAGUUCCAGAGUGCCUGUUUUUACCUCUGGGAGCAGCAUAUCUGGCAUCUGGACCACAAGCUGGACAACUGCGCCAUAACUGACGAUGUAGGAGGCAGAACCUUCAGCGACGGCCGGACGUUGAAAGUGCUUGACUUCGGUAACGCCCGUCACAUCACUCCCGAAUUCCUUGCGAAUCCGCCCGCUCUCCGCGAUGUCCUUUUCACCCCUCCUUUUUAUUGCGAAGAGUUUCACUCGGAGUUGUACAAGGUGGACAAUUUUGAAAGUAGCGAGAGCGGGGAGGACUUUACCGCGAACGAAGCAGCUUCGGCAACUGCAAUUUCCCGCAAGCAAGAAACCGUUGACAUUGUAAAGAUUCUGCGACUUCAAGAGGCCCACCUGGCUGCAAUCGUGAUGAAAUUUCUGGGCUCCGCGCGGCCUGAACAGGGGGUCGAGUACGGGCGCGAUACGACAUUCUUGAACGUUUACGCUACGCAGUUCGAUCAAACAAACUAUCGGCAGGUGAAAGCAGCAGUCGGGUUUCUCGUCAAAAAAGAAGAGUUUGAAAAAAGGGUGCUGUCGGAAGUGGCUUCACUCUUCGCAGCAUCUGGUGCUUCCAGCUCCAAGAAAAGUCCUAAAUCCAGCACGACCAAGAUGUGUGCAAAGAAAUAGUGGGAAAGCAGAAUGUUGUCGUUGUGAACCAAUAAGAAGUACUAGAGCCUAGUCUGUCCGCGUCAACAACGCAAGUGAAGAUGAGGCUGUGUCGAUGUCUAUGCAGGCUCUCAUGAGUACUAGUAAGUAGCGAAGUUGUGGACUUGUUACAAGUUGUGAAUGCGGUGCAUGGUUUUGUACUUCGUUGGACCAAAGGGACUACUGUAUCUUUACAGUACAGUGCGUUGCACUUCAAAUCGAACAGCGUCAAGAUCAAGUAGAUAGUCAGGAAGAACUCGGAUACAAAAUGACAUAGGCUGGCUUUCUGUAAUAU